AUGGAAACUUCACAGCCUCUCUCUAUUGAAAGCUUUUCAUAUAGUUGGUUAGUUAACCUGAAACCAUCUUUGGAAAGCCUAGACAAUUCUUUCAGGGCCUCACUUGAUGCAUCAGACGAAGCUUCCUUCAUUGAGAUGGACCCAAGAAUGCCACCCUCAAAGAGAUUCUUCAGAAAUUCUCAGGACUUCAAAUUUGACUUCCCCAUUUCACAAUCUCCUCUUAGUCUUGUUCAUGCUGAUGAGCUUUUCUCCAAUGGCUAUGUCAUGCCUCUCUUUGUCGAUCCGUUAAAGAUGGAGGCUUAUGAAGUCUCAGAUUCAAUCUCAUCAGCCCUUCCUACCUCUUCGCAUGCACCAAAAACUGUGGUUUCAGCUUGUAAACCUCGUCGUUGUUCUUCAUUGAGAAGGUGUAGGAGAUUGUCGAAGCAAAUAAUUCAGAAGUACUUGGAUUUUCUUAAGCCAUUGUAUCGAAGAUUUCAAGGCCACAGGUCACGUUCUAGAGAUGAAAAUGUUGAUUCAAAAGUUCAGGUAAUGAAGAGAUGGAUAUAUUCAGCAGAAACAUCUCCAAGAAUCAGUGUAGCUUAUUCUGUCGAUGAUUGUUGGCGAAGGUCUUGCGAUUCUGAGAGCUCUAUCUAUGAGGCAGUUCUCCAUUGCAAAAGAUCAAAUGGUAAGUCAAUCUUCACCUAG